AUGGCUGCAGUGACGGAUGAUUUUGCCAAGAAAUGUCAAGUGAAGCACAAUGACACGCUGGGCAGAUUUGUGGUUGCUGUGGAUAAUAUUCGUGCCGGCGAAACAUUGCUGGUGGAGGAACCCAUUGUCAUUUUGCCUCAUUUAGGUGAAAGACGUUGCGCACGUUGCUUGAAUCUGACGACAAAUUUUUGCAGCAAGUGCCAACUCCUGCCCCUUUGUGAAGAGUGUAAGGAUCAUGAGGAACGCGAUUGUCAGCGUUUGGCUGAUUUGCAGUUAAGCGAGGAGCAAGUGCAGCAAUUACAGGACAGUCAACGAACGGAGGUGCAGUCAAUGGUCAAGUGUCUGCUGCUACGGGAGCAUACGGAGACACGUUCUCUCUACGAGGAAAUGUAUCAAAUGGAUGCCCAGUUGGAUGCACGACGAGGAACCGAAGUGUGGAAUAAUUACCAGGCAAAUGUAGCCAAUCCUCUUGAGUCUAGUGGCAUUCUAGGCAAACUUUGGCAAGGCUCCGAUCUGGAGAAGGAUGUGGAACUGGUGCAACGUUUGUUGGCCAUUUUCGAUAUCAAUGCCUUUGAGAUACGUGCUCCCGAGUCUGGUGGUUCCAUGAGGGGUAUAUAUAGAAGGGCUAGCCUGUUUCCGCACAGCUGCAUGCCCAAUCUAGUAUCAGCCAUCGAUGAUGCCAGCAAUGGACGACAACUGAAGAUGUAUGCUAGUCGCUUUAUAGCAGCUGGAGAGAUUCUCUAUAAUUGCUAUACAAAUGUCUUACUUGGCACUCAGGAAAGACGUGAAAUUUUGAAGCAAGGCAAAUGUUUUAAUUGCAAUUGUCCCCGGUGUGUGGAUCCCACCGAAUUGGGCACACAUAUGAGCAGCUUUAUGUGCAAUAAUUGCUCCUCAACUGGUGGUUAUAUAGUCCUCAAUCCAGAGACAAAUCAAUGGCAAUGUCUACUUAAUCCAGAGCACACUCUAAAGCGUGAAUUUGUUGCCAAUAUGCUGGAAAGGGCCAAAGAGGAGGUUUUCCAUGCACGCGACAAUAUCUAUAGAAUGGAACUGCUUUUGGCCAAGUUAAGCCGGCUGUUGCAUGGCAACCAUUAUGUCAUGUUGGAUCUAAAGCAGAAUAUUGCAGCCAUAUUACGUCAAAUAUUGCAGAAUAUGGCACAUCGACCCAAUCGAAAGGUCUAUGAACGCAAGAUUCGUUUAUGCCAGGAGAUAUUAUUGGUCCUUAAAGUGUUGGCACCGGGAAUCAAUCGUCUAAAGGCCAUAGCCCUCUACGAACUGGCCAAUACCCAAGCUGAGUUGGCCAGGAAACUGUACACAGAGCAGGAGUUAAGCUCAACUGAUUUGUUGUCUCAACUGCAGCAAACGGAGAUUAUGAUGAGAGAAUCCUUGCGAAUGCUUCUAUUCGAACCCUUGGCCACACCAGAGGGUCAACUAUCGCGCAGCAUGAUGAGGGAGCUAAAAGAAUUGCAAAAUGACAUUAAAAUCUUACAGGAUGGCGACGAUGUUGUCGUUCGUUGAAAAUUGUAAAUUUUAAUAUUUGAAUUCGAUCAAUUUUGCGCACAUUUUUAAAGCUUACGCUUAACAGCACUUAGAAACCGUUAUUAAAAG